CCAUCCCUCUCCUCAACUCCUCCUCUACCCCAGCCAUCCCUCCCCACUCCUCUAACUUCUCCCCCUUCCCUCUUUUCUCCCUCACGUACCUGUGCAGUGCGACAGACUCAGCCCCACCCCUUUUAUACACCUGUUACACCUGCCAGUCAUGUGACAUCAUUGCCAGGAUUCCCUCCUCCUCCUUCCCCUGAGCUCUUAGAGGAUUUAGACCUCUCAAUCAACAGCCAUUCUACUCCCCCUCCUCCCCCACCUCCGCCACCUCCGCCACCUCCGCCACCUCCUCCCCCUUACACCCACACCCCUACACCACCUUCCCCUCUCCAGAGCCCCUCCAGAGUGAGUCCAGGACAGCCCCCCCGUCCCUUGAUCACAACCCAAGCCCUGCAGAGAGUCACCUUGCGCUCUGUCAAGAGGCCAGAAGAGCUAGCCCCACAGGAGCUAACUAGCAUUAUGCUAACAAACCCUGCAUCAGCUAAUGUCGAACAGAGCCAAGAUAGCAAUGAUGCUACACUAACUAGCAUGAUGCUAACCAAUGCAACCCCAGCUAAUGAUGGCCGGCAGUGCCCAGAGAGCACCGAUGCUAAGCUAACUAGCAUUACGCUAACCAACGCUAUGUCAACUAAUGAUGCCCAGCAGAGCCCAGAGAGCAUUGAUGCUAAGCUAAAUGGCAUCACGCUAACCUGCACCCUGGAGAGAGUGGAGGGCAUGGAUGCCACAGUAACCAGCACUGUGUUAGAGAGUGUGGAGAGGAUCAAUCGUAUUCUUACUGAGGCUGAAGAGAGACAGACCACUGGCAUUCAGAAAAUGGCUGCCAAUUCAUCUGGCACUAUGCUAGUAUAUUUCCAAAAGAGACUUGAAACCAAUGAUGCUAUGCUAAAGGCGGCCACAAAGACACCGUCAGAGUCUGUCCCUCCCUGCUUCACACCGACCACUACUCAGCACACUGACAGAACCAGAGAGUCUGUCCCUCCCUGCUCCACACCGACCACUACUCAGCACACUGACAGAACCAGAGAGUCUGUCCCUCUCUGCUCCACACCGACCACUACUCAGCACAUUGACAGAACCAGAGAGUCUGUCCCUCCCUGCUUCACACCGACCACUACUCAGCAGACUGACAGAACCAGAGAGUCUGUUGGAACAGAAGACGCCCUCCGUCCCUCAACAACCCCACAGACGCCUAGAACCCCUCAGAAGCCUAGAAUCCCAGAGUACCCUAGAACUCCAGAGGCUAUAAUGAUAGAGAAGCCUAGAACACUGGAGAAGCCCAAAACACUGGAGAAGCCUAGAACACUGGAGAAGCCCAGAACACUGGAGAAGCCUAGAACCCCAGAAAAGCCUAAUGUGGUUGUUCUCUCUAGGCCACUGAGAGCAGUGGUUUUAAGUUCUAGCUCUCCUGCUGUGAACAGAGGACCAGCGUUACAGAACGGAGAACACACGCCUCGACAGGAGACCACACCCUGCCUCACCAACGGCCGACUAGAGCACUUAACGUGUGCAAACACACUCACACACUCCCCUGCUACCCCCUCCUCCACCCCCCACAAAGAGAAGCCUCCUGUUGCCCUAAAGAACCCUAAACGAUCUCUACUGAGGACACACCAGACAGACACACCAACCCCACCACUCGUACUGACAAGUACACCUCCACAGCCCUUUGUCCCAGAGACAUCACCCUUUCUGGGGAUACAAUUGGCACAGACAGAGUCUCAGACAGAGACCCAGCCAAAGCCAAAGCCUGAAUUCCCAUUCCUGAAACGCUACCAGUCAGAAUACUAUGUAGCGGAGUCACCAUCAAGGCCCUGUCCUCCAGUACCCUGUGUACUAGAGUUACCAUCAAGGCCCUGUCCUCCAGUACCCUGUGUACCAGAGUUACCAUCAAGGCCCUGUCCUCCAGUACCCUGUGUACUAGAGUUACCCAAGGCCUUCUCCUCCAGUACCCUGUGUACCAGAGUUACCAUCAAGGCCCUGUCCUCCAGUACCCUGUGUACUAGAGUUACCAUCAAGGCCCUGUCCUCCAGUACCCUGUGUACCAAAAUUACCAACAAGGCCCUGUCCUCCAGUACCCUGUGUACCAAAGUUAUUACCAAGGCCCUGUCCUCCAGCACCCUGUGUACCAGAGCCACAGCAGGAGUCCUGUCCACUGGAGAUGGAGACAGAUACAGAGACAAAGCUAGAGAGUGGCUCUGUGCCAUACACAGAGUUGGGGAGAUCAGAACUUGAACCAGAGGAGAUGUGGGUGAUGCAGAAGGAAGAAGAGAAUGAAGAGAGAGAGAAUGUGGACAUCACACUGAUGCUGGGGAGGAGAGAGGAGGAGGACAGACAGAUGGGAGCCAUUGAGGAGGACAGCAGAGAUUCUGGAAGUUUCUCUCCGGAAGAGAAUAGAGAUGCUCUUAGCAGUGGAGUUUCAAUUGAAGAGGGUGAACUGGAGGAGGAGAGGAUGGAAUGGGAGAAGAGGGAAGAGAGGCGCAGUCUGGAGACAGACGGGGCCAGCAGCUCCACAGGAUCCCUGAGCUCCAGAGAGGACAACGGUGAGGUGUUUGACAUUUCUUCAGCGGAGAAGAUGGUGACACCAGCACGACCGCGGAAUACUGAGGACCUGUUUGCUGCCAGACACAGCAGUGCAGUCUGGGAAGGCACACACGUUUGAUCACCCAGGUGUGUGGGCGUGGCGUUGACAGCAGGUCUAAGAGGAACGUUCUGGGUCGCAGGAACUCUGAGGGGGAGCAAUGCAGUGUCUUCUCAUUCUCCUCCUCUUCCUCCUCCUCCUCUCCUCCAAUGGCCCUAGCCCCACCCCUCUGCGACCUCUAGAGGUGGGAAGUCGCUGCGAAGUCUGCAGCUGAGAGACUCUGCAGUACCGCCCCAAAACACCAGAGUCCGCCACCACAUAGCCAGAGAAAAUCAGACACACACCUGCAGUUGGGAGUGAAGUCACACACCCACACACCUCAUCCCUCUCCACACACGCACACAGUCCAAGUCCAGCUCCCAUCUCUAGAAGUACCCCAGACUCAGUACAGACAGAGACACAGGAGGAAGGAAGAGUGGGCAAUCACUGAGCGCCUGUACCCUCUCCCCUUCUCAUCCUCCCCAUCCUACCCCUCUCUCCGGGGGUGGCGACCCCCCCGCUCCCCCACUCCCCCUUGCUCAGCCAGCCAACGUUUUGCUGUCCGCAGCCGACUACCUAGCAGUCCAAUGACUGCCAUCCAGGAACAAGAGGGGGAGGGGGAUGGCGAAUCACUGGAGAGUGAGGGGUUGGUCGAGACCAUCGAAUUGGCCCACGAUUCAUACAAGACUUUUGGAUUGGUCAAGCUUUCUGACGGAUAGACUGAGGCUACCAAUGGCAGCCUUGAUUGGCAGGAGAGCAGGACUAUGGAGAGACACGAGGCCCUGUUCCCCCUCCCCAUUUCUCUCUCCCUGGAGGGCAACGGAUAGAGCACCAGACAGGGGACUCAUUGUCCUGCUCAUACCCAGGACAGAGGCUCCCGUCUGGGGCCAAGGGACUUUAUGUGUAUCCUGCACACUGAUUGGACGUCAAGUCAACUGAAACAUACAUUCUAUAGGAUGCUUGUCUCUGUUAAUAGAUGACACGACAGUGUAAAUGUUGUUGUUUUCUGAUGUGUUGCUUCAGUCCUCUGUCUAGUUUUAGUAUGUAGCGGUAUACAGUUUGAGAUUAAUGUUAAACUGUAUAUUAGAAAUGUAUUCUGAGGUUUCAGUUACCAAAGACAACGUGUCACUCCCAGUGAAUCGGGGACAUGUCUGAGAAUGUAUCCUUUGAUUGUGAUUGGCCUAUUGUUAUCAUGAUUGUGAUUGGCCUAUUGUUAUCAUGAUUGUGAUUGGCCUAUUGUUAUCAUGAUUGUGAUUGGUCCGGAAAUUGGAGGAAUGGAAUCUGCUGAAGUGAUUUAUAUUUGUAUUAUUUUAUACUUAAUCCUCUUUAAAUCCUCUAUUCAUUUUUUAUUUGACUUUAAGAUAUAUAUAGAAUGUAUUAAGUACAUGCUUUACAUUGCAGAGUUCUCCUUUCACUAUAAAGUAACUUCUGUCUCCUUUAUAUUACUGUACCUUAACACCUGGACGUUGUACAUUUUCUGACACGUGAUUUCGGUAGAGGGCUUGUUUGUGUUUUUCUAGUCUGUUUAUUUGAAAACUGUGAAUAAAAUUGGGCCCACUGUA